GCACACUGAGAUCCCGUCCAUCUCACCUCAAGAUGUUGCAACUUGUCCCAGAGAGAAAGGAAGAGAGACAUUGUGAGGAAACGUACCCUCCCUGCAUAACCUAGUUAAAUAAGAUAGAAAUAUAUCAAAGAGAAACCACGGGAAAGUGGCCGACAGUGAUGUGCAUUGCCACCUCCUAAUCCACUGAGAGAUGGAUCACAGGUUGGAUUUUUCACCUACACGUCCUAAAAGACCAAACCCUGCUGUCUGUCGGUCUGGAGGUCAUGUGACCGGGGGAAAGGAGGAGGGAGAGGAUUUGAGGAGGAGAGCAGAAAGCUAAGGUGAGACCACCUCCGCUUCUCGAGUCAUACCUUGACUCUUCAGGCGACACCUUAUACCUGCACAUACCGCAGCUCUCACGCCCGACUGGGCUGACACGUCUACCGUCGUCUCCUUCAAUUCCUGUUUUUUUUCCCCUCCCAUCUGGACGUUGGGGAUGCAUUUCCCCGUUCGACCGGCAUCCCUGUAGGAUUGAACCUGGACCGCCACUUAGUAUUGGACCCUUGAUAGCUUGGACUAUGUUUGGCCCGGGGCAACUGGUCUCCACCCUCCUGCCCGCAGUUUUCCAUUCCCCUGCGGCUCACCUCUUCCCGGCAUUCCCGACCAGACUGGGCUCCCGGCCUCAGAUCCUGAUCCCAGGGCCCUUCAUCAGCUACGAGUCCUUGAGGAGCUAUCUGCAGCCAGAGCCAUGCAAGGAGGCGUUGCUGCUGGCCACGCGGGCCGUCGGGACGGGGCCGCUCGCAGAGGGCAUAGAUGAACAGAGGCCAGUGAAGCAGCGUCGCGCGCGGGCCAACUACAGCAGCUGGCAGCUGGAGGAGCUGGAGAAGGCCUUCGAGACCACCCACUACCCGGACAUCUUCAUGAGGGAGGCCCUGGCCCUCCGACUGGACCUCAUCGAGGCCCGAGUGCAGGUUUGGUUUCAAAACCGCCGUGCCAAGAUGCGGCGGCAGCUGAAGCUCCAGAGCCAGCUCGCUGCAGGGCCUUUCGUGAAAAGAGACAAUGACGAAGCAACCGAGAAAGCGAACGGGGGGAGUCAGAAGCAGCAGCAGCAGCAGCAGCAGCAGCAGUCGGAGAGUUCGGACAGCGAGCAGUGGGAGAAGCGACAGGAAGGGGAGAACUGUCCUUGGACAAAAGCCGCGAGCGCGGCGCUGAGCGUGCGUAAGCACCCCGUGACCCCGAGGUCGGGGAAGUGGGAGAGGCCGGGGGGGCAGAGCUCGGAGGAGCUCCGCUCCUGCAGCAUCGCCAAGCUGAGGGCCAAAGCCAGGGAGCACGAGGCCGAGAUCCACAGCACCGUAAACAUGUCAGGGGGUGACACACAGCCACAAACACAGGAAGCCGAUGGCGAGCACAGUGAUUGAUUAUGUUCCUUCUUCCUGUUUGUACAGAUGACCAAAAAGAAAAAAACGAUGUAUACUAUCACCAAAUAUAUUUAGCCAUAAUUAAGGAAAUAUUUCUUACUAUAUAAAAUGUAAUUUUCCAUAGUUGCCAUUUUCAAUUUUGCCUUCAUGGUACAGUACAUUCUAACUCACGACAUUUUUAUUUAAAUAGAACUUUGGAAGUUCUGUUGAAGUUGGGGUGGUGAACAAAUAGCCUAUCCCGGUUUUGUGUUUUUUAAUAAAAAUGUCAAAAGGACAAGGUUUUAAUAUCCUACAUCAAUUGCACAUGCAUGUGCUGUUUUUCAGCCUCUUUAUCUUUGGGAUGUGAUUUCCAUCAUCCCACCUUUAAAUAUGUUGUUUGCGAACGAGUUGUUCUGAAUCUCAAAAACAGAAGAGAGACAAAUGUCACCUUAUCAUUUCAGUCUAUCAGGGCACAGAGGCCACGAGGUACAGUCAAGUCGUAUUCCUGACCUCCCAGGUUCCCUUCUCAGACACACGGGCAGGAUGUCUGCACGCAGCCACACGUCCUCAUCGGAAACGGUGGAAAUAGCUGAAAAAUGAAAUCACGAAGAGUGAGUUGAUACACAGUGUAUAGAUUACAUGAUAAAUGUAUGUUUUUCUACAUCACACUCAAAGACCAAAUGUACUGACAUUUGUUUUUCACCGUGACAAAUAUUCUAUAAAGGGCCGUGGAAGUUGAUUCAAACCAGCCAACAAAUAAAAUAAAAUGAAGAUAUGAUGGAAUGACUGGUAGAUCAAUGUUCAGGACAACUAAUGUGACUUAGUGUAGAAAAUGUUUUUUUCUUCUUCUUCUUUGGAAGAUUCCUUGAUCUGGUAUCAGCCAAAACAAACACUCUUGUUUUCUUAAAAUCAAGUUAAAACACUUAUAAUUGGUACGCACAUGUUUCACUUAUCAAGAAAUCACAGUAGUGAUGCCUGGAAGCAAUUUCAUAAUUCUGUGGGUGUGUCUGUAACUAUACUCCACACAUUAUUUUACCCGCAGUGAAAACAAGAAUACAAAGUGAUGGGAGGAUAAAGGUUUAAAAAAACCUCACCAGCUAAUCCUCCAAAUGAUUUAAAAAAAAAAAAACAUAAUUACCAAUGAAUGAAUUUAUUGAAUGUUUAAUCUUUCGAUGAUAUGGAACUAUAACAACUGAAAAAUGAGAAUGGUACAUAUGAUGACAUAAGUCAUAGUUGAUUAAACUAACAUUUACUAUCUCUCUCGAUCAUAGUUCAGCUCACAUACAAAGUAUUUCAUCAGGCAUCAGUUGCUGUUAUGUGUAUUUGUUGUUCAGAGUGACACUGCCCCCUUCUGGGGAACAUGUCCUCAGACAGGAGUGCCCACCAUUGCAUGUGUUAUCAUCAUUGUUUUCACUGUACUUUUGCCACACAUCUUAUUCGCUGUCUCCAAUAAACCCGGAGACGCUCACAGCUCCGUCUCUCUGCGUAUA